AUGACAAAGGCUAGUUUGUGGUUCUGGCUGGGCGUCGUCUUAACUGGCGUUCAAGCUGAACUAAAGAUCGAACUUACGUUCCCAAAGUUCAAAAAUGAAGCGACGCAAGAAAGGGCCAAAUAUUGGGAAGGAGACAUCUUGAUCGUGGCCUGGGUAAUCAGUCAGUAUGCUGCGAUUAAAGAGGUGGAUCUCUAUUGUACAAGAUCUAACGACGGAGUAAACUGGCCAUUCGGCGGCCGCGAGUACCUCGGUGAUGGAGGUGUUGAUGCAUUUGAUACAAUAGGCAAUGCCCGGAACGUGAAGAAGCCCUUGAUUACCAAUCACUGGUAUUUAAACGAAACACAGGCUUAUCCGCUCCCGUUCCUCGAUAUGUUCGAUUUGGCAGAAGUGAUUGAGUGCGCUUUUGCGGGAUAUGGGACAGAUGGCGGGAGCAGCAACCAAACCAUGAUUGGAUAUGGCUACCCAUUCAAGUUUACCAACGUUGAGCGCCUAGAACCUAUCACUACGCCUUUUGGGCUUGACGGUGGACCCAUUGACGCCGAUGAUAUUUCGAACGCAUCCUCUUCCACAAUCUCGACACAAGUGACUUCCGCGACAGGUAUAUCGACAACUGGCUUGCCGCAGAACAACCAUACAGCUACCGAGAGUGCCGAUGGUCCUGACCUGACCGCGACAUCCACCAGCUCGGGCACCGUCCUCCCCACCGGCCCAGCUACAGGGAUCGAAUCAGGAACAGCAGAGAGUCCAGGCGCAAAGAAGGACCGAGGGGGCCUAAGCACCGGUGCAAUAGCCGGUAUCGCCGCUGGUUCCGCCACUUUGGGCAUCGUCAUGGCCGCUCUGGCAUUCUGGGUAUUCUGGAGGCGAAGAAAGAGCCAAUUGACAGCAGCGGCGGCGGCGGCGACAGCUUCGGCUUCUACUGCUAACAGCACUAGUCCGGGGGGAGGAGGAGGAGGAGGAGAAGGAGAAGGAGAAACUCAGGAGAAGGGAGCAAUGACGACGUAUUUCAAAGCAGAGUUGGAAGACAGCCCGAGGCCGUGUAGGAACGAGCUCGAUGGUACCUGGAAGGGUGCGGAGGUAAAAGAGAAGGCGCGACUGUCAGAGCUGGGGGCGGUGGAACAACAAAGGCAUGAGAUAGAUGGAGGAGGGGAUUGGCACAAUAGGUUUGAACUUGCUUGA